AUGUACAGUGUAUCACGAGCUCGAAUAUCUAUAGCUACCAUCAAAGCAUCGUCCCCCUUCAGAUCAGUGGUAACUACCAGAAGACGACCAGACGUCAAAGAUAACUUCUUCUUGUCCCGAGUCAAACAGUCCAAGACCACUGCGUCUGUGCCAUCAAAACAAAUCUUUGCUCAAGUCAAAGCCAUUGCUCCCAAUGACCAAUAUGUCAGUUGUACCACUUUCGAUAGCAAUGGGAACAUCACCACAGUGUCCAAGAAGUACCCCAAGAAAUCGUUCCUUCUAGACAACAAGCUCUUCCCUCGGGACUUCCGUAAGAUCGAUACGCUGUCGAUAGACGUGGCUCCGCUGAUCAUGAUCCGAUCGGCCAACGCCAUCUUGAUCAACUUGCUACACAUUAAAGCCAUCAUCAAGAAGGACACGGUCAUGGUGUUUGAUACCUCUGCGCCAGAAGCUGCGGCCAGAUUGGGUCUCUUCAUGUAUGACUUGGAGCUGAAGCUCAAGCCGUCGCCGGCCAAUAGGAACGUGAGCUACGAGUUCCGAGCAUUGGAAAGCAUCCUCAUCAACGUCAUGUCCAACUUGGAAGCGGACCUAAAAGUCCAUCUGGUGAAUUGUGGCUUGAUCUUGUCGCAGUUGGAGAACCAAAUCAACAGAGACCAACUCCAGGACCUUUUGAUCAAGUCAAAGAACUUAAACAGCUACUACCAGAAGGCAGUGUUGAUCAGAAACGUCUUGGAAGAGCUUUUGGAUAACGACGAAGAUUUGGCGGGCAUGUACCUUUCAGAACCCAACAAGUACGAUGGAACAGAAAUAGACGCUUAUGAUGAUCUUGAAAUGCUCUUGGAGGCCUACUACAACCACUGUGAUGAAUUUGUUCAACAUUCAGGGUCAGUGCUCAGCGACAUCAAGCAAACAGAAGAGAUUGUUAACAUCAUUUUGGAUGCCAACAGAAACUCGUUGAUGGUAUUUGAAUUAAGAAUAACUGUCUACACUUUGGGGUUUGCCGUGGCUACUUUGGUCCCAGCAUUCUAUGGAAUGAAUUUAAAAAACUAUAUUGAAGAUACAAAUUGGGGAUUUGGUAUGGUGAUAGCCAUUUCCAUCAUCCAAGGUCUCGUGGUAACGCUUUUAAACUUUAGAAAGUUACAUUCUGUUCAAAAAUUAACCAUGACAAGCUCACCCUUGUCCAAAUCUUCAACUUCAGAUAUCUCCCCUACUUAUGCAAAGACCCUUCGAAAUAGACAAAAAUUAUGGUACCGAUUGCUUUAUGGGAAUAGAAACACAACUUAUGAUAAACCAACUCCAAAGGAAAGAGAUGUGAUUUGGAGAAUGAUCAAUAAUGAUAGAACAUUGAAGUAA